CCCCGCCCCAACGGCCGCGGCCCCGCCCCCGCGCGGCGACCUUACCCGCGGCAGCGGCGGUGCGCGGCGCACAGAGCGGCGAGGGAUGACGGCGACGAUGGCGGCGGAGCGGGCCCGCGAUGGCAGCUGCCACUUCCAGCGCUCCAGGCUGCUCUGGAUGAUCGGCAUCACCUUCGGCAUGAUCCUCCUCGGCUGGGUGACACUUUCACCUUCAACUAUACCUUAUAGUUAUCUGGGAAUAUUUGGUAGCUUUCUUAAUCAUUUAGUGGAUAACUACCACAAAUGGGUAUGCUAUGGGUUCUGGGUAUCCUGGUUGAUUCACAUAGUAGAAGCCUUCUACGGUGUUAAGUUAUGCCAGUCUAAAGGCAUCACUGACCCAACAGUUCAGUUCCACUGGUUCAUUCAGACGCUUUUAUUUGGGUAUGCUUCCUUCGGUCUUCUGGUGUCAUACAAACCUCCAGCCAAGAAGUCUUACUAGAAGACUGAAAGAAGUCUUUUACAUUCUUCACACUCAUUUUUCAGAGAAUAACCUCAUUACGUGUCUAGGUGCUGUAAUUAACUAAACGACAUUCCUGCUACAUGAUACAGUGCCGUCUCACCAAAGCAACUCUCUUCUUACUAAAUGAGACACUUAAUAGCUAUAAUUCACUGGGCCCUGUGGAUAGUUCAGUAGAAAUUCAGCCCUUCAGUCUGGGGCUGCCAAAGCUUAAUCCCAUUUAUUAUGCAGGAACCCAAAAGCUGUUCAUUUGCAGUGUUUGACAUAGCUUGUCUUCUCAGAUACUUACUGAAGAGGAAAAUCCCUGAUAGCUGGUAGUAGUGGUUGCUAAAUUAUUCUUUCAUGUGGAGGAACUUUCUUUCAUAACAGGCAGUUAGUUACAGCCACAAGGCUGUUUUGUGAUAGGAUUUAGUUUUCCUACAUUUUCUCUACAGGACCUUUUAAUAGUAUCAUAUGUUUUUCUGGUUAGAGCUUGGUCUUUGUCUUUUGGUUUGUUAACCUAGUUUCUUCCACAAAGGACAGGCCACUUCAUUGCUGCAGGCACGUUAAAAAAGACCAAGUCUCAGUUCAGGUUGAGGUGCAGCGAUAAGUCAGGAUACAUAAAGCACUUUAACUUGGUUUAAUACAUGUGCCUUAAGUUUCAUGCAGCAUGACCAUCUUUUUUGAAUGAAGAUCUUAAUCUUUGAUUUAGUAUAGCCCAAAACAGUAAUCCUGUAGCUUUGAGGGCAGCUUUUAUGAAAAAACUAAUUAGCCAAGGGAGCUGGGGGGGGGCCAAGGGGGAAAUCAGUUAACAUUCCAGAACAUAGGUGAACAUUUAUGGAUGAAAAGUAGACAUACUGAGAAAAUGUACAUCACUGUUAGCUAGAUGUUGAUGUACUGAAAUCUUUACAGAGACUGUCUUAAGCAUCCCUUAAUAUUUUAUGUAUGUGUAGUGAGUCUAUUAUGUUGUGUUUUAUUUUAAAUAUUUGAAAAAUAAUUAGCCUGUCUUGUUUUAGCAAAUCUAAAGAGUAGUAAUUAUUUAAAAUAUUAUGCUGUGGGGAGUUUUACCUCCUCAUCUGUGGUGCCACUGUUCUGGAAGAGAGGCCAGGGAAGGGUGGUUCUCUCCCUAACAAAAAAACCCCAGUGAGGCAGUAACAAGAAGAUUUAUGCCUUGUGCAGUACCUGCAGACUGUAACACUACUGAUAGAGAAGUCUCAUUUGAGUACAGAUACAUUCAUUUUUUUGCUUUUCAGUUGGUAUUAAAAGCAUGGAGAACUGAA